AGGAAGUUGGCCUGCAGAAUGUGUGUAUAACUUUCUAGAUAAAUCCACUGGCAUAUCGUCCUUGUUUGACAUUACUAGUGAAUCCUUAUUGGAUCAUAUAUCGCAAAUUGUUGAAACUCAGCAUCCGGUGUGUAUUCCCGGGGUUGAUGGUUUGCACAUUCCUAGUAGAACUCGUGGGCAUAUUCUGAAAGUAGUAGGUGGGAAAACUGCUCUUGUGCGUUGGGAGCAUACAAAAUCGGCUGUGUUCGUGCUGCUUCUUCGUUUGGCCCAGACACCAUACCUAGAAAACAAUGAAGAGGCAUUUCUUAUCCUUGACCUACUUGGCCGAAUGGUGUCCUUCAACACGGCUGUUUGUUUUGCUUUGAUGGAUAGUUGCAAUUUCUUGCAUGUCCAAACAACUGACAUGAAUGGGCAGCUAGAAAAUAAUGUGUGGGUGGUGGAGAUCAUUAGCAUUAUGGUCAGAAAUUUGUCACCUAAUCCCAGUGGUGCUGCACUGAUGUCCAUGGCUUUUUUAAUCUUGGAAAAGAUGCUGAAAUGUUCCCCAUCUCGUGUUGUCGCAGUAGCCUUGAAAGCAAACAUAUUUGAUGUGGCUUCAAAUUCAAGCAUCUUCAAUAUAGGUUGGAAUGGUCUAUCAAGUGGAUCAUGGUUGCUAUCUGGAAAGUUGGCAAAGAUGCUUUUAAUUGAUAAUGAGCAGAAUGAUCAUGACUGCCCGUUAACAAUAUCAGUGCUGGAUUUCACUAUGCAGCUUGUAAGGACUGGAGUAGAAGAUGAUAUUGUCGUGUCAUUAAUUGUUUUCUCCCUCCAGUAUAUUCUAGUUAAUCAUGAGUACUGGAAAUACAAGGUGAAGAAUACCCGUUGGAAAGUAACAUUGAAGGUGCUGGAAGUGAUGAAAACAUGCAUUUUAGCAACAUCUUCCUCUGAAAAAUUGAGUGAUGUAAUCUGGGAUUUGCUACUCUAUGAUUCUUCUAUCCACAACACUCUCUUCCGUAUAAUGUGUACAACAUCCGAAGCUUUGGAGAGGCUUUAUCUCACUCGCCUCAUUGAACUGGUGGAGAUUGAGGGAUUACAGCUCGCUAUAAGUUCUGCUUUGGAUAUUUCUUAUAUCAUGCUUACCAAAAUUUCAAAGGAUAUGUCAUCAAGCAUUCCAGCGUUUCACCAAGCUAUGCUCUCUUCAAUGACCAAGCCAAUUCCUGUUAUUAGUGCUGUCAUAUCAUUGAUAUCUUUCUUUUGUGAUCCGGCAAUACAGGUUGGUGCUGCUAAACUGCUAUCAAUGUUGCUGUGGAUGGCAGAACCACAUCCUUUUGCGAAUUCAUGCUUUGGUCCAGAUGAUAAGCAGAUGACAGAUUUAAGGCAUUCCAUUAAUUGCAUCCUACUUGAACAUUUGAUACGGAAUGAAGAUCUUUUUAUUGCUAUACUGAAUUUGCUUACUUCCGCAGCACGUUAUCAGCCUGCUUUUCUUUUUGCUAUUUUUGACACAAAAGAGGAUACAGACGUUCAACUGGCCAAUGUUGGUGGUGUGCAGCAUACAACAAAUGAAACUUUGUCUGUUUCACUGGGCUCCGAAACAUCUAGUCUUGUAGAUGCUGUUCUUCAAUUUGUUGAAAGAUAUGAUGACGUUAUCAAUAGUAAUCCUUGUGUACUGCUGAAUGUACUCAACUUCCUAAAGUCGUUGUGGCAUGGGGCUGGUCAGUAUAGAACUAUUUUGGAGAGGCUGAAAAGCUCUGACAAGUUCUGGAAACACCUGUCAAACUUUAUCUCUCAAACUGCUGGCUCAGAAGUUCCUUUGCUCAAAAGUAUGAAAGACUCAGAGGCUUUACUCCUGGGACACAGAUAUCAAUGUCAAUCUGCUAUAUUGGAAACAAUGGCAUACGAUAUGUUCUUGAUGAAAAAGUUGUUAUAUGCUGAAUCACUUGUUAAAGAACACCCUGAAUCAAAUAAGAAAAUAGAAGCUGAUAAUUAUGUUUUGAAGAAUAUCUUGUCAGAUUGGUGCAAGAGCUCUAUACUGGAAUGCCUGAUAAAGUCAUAUGCAUCUUGUAAAUAUGACAAUGAAAUAUAUUAUCGUGCAAAGGUCGCAUUAAGUUUACUCACUGUGCACAUAAUGACAAAAUUAGUAGCUGGUGAUGCUGGAAGUUUGUCUGUAUCCUUAGUUGAGAAGAUUCGCCUUGUGUUUGAAAAGUUGACCAGUCAGCCUGCUUUUUCCGAAUUGAUGGCACAAUACUCAAUGCAUCGUUACAGUGAAGAGACGGAGCUGAAAGCUUUAAUAAUGAGUGAUCUUUAUUAUCAUCUGCAAGGAGAGCUUGAAGGCCGUAAAAUGAGUGCUGGACCUUUUAAAGAACUCUCCCAGUUUCUGAUUGAGUCAAAGGUGGUGAAGAUUUAUGAGAAUAAGUGCAAUGUUGAUCCUUUUUCAACAGCUGAUGAUGUCUAUGUGUUUGAUCUUGGACGCAUAAGAGCAGAUUUUGGAUUAGAUAUGUGGGAUUAUUCUGAAUGGAAAACAUCUAAAGCAAUUGCAGACAUGAUGCUGCGCUGCUUGCAUGAGGCAAACUCAAUGGUGUUGGUUGGAAAUUCCAAGCUCUCUUCGCUGAAAGCAUUAAUUACUGUCUUAACUGUGUAUGAGGACAAUUCACUGGACAAAAUGACUGGGGUUGGAAGGAAGGUUCCUGAUCAACUGAUUUUUUCAUGUAUGAAUCAUAUAUGCCAAACUUUCCUUGGCACUUUAGAAUCUCUGUCUCCAAUCCCUGAUGUCUCCAAUGAUGUUCUUGAUUUCCUCACUGCACAAGCAGACUUACUUCUUCAUCUUGUAAGAUCUGUGUGGACAAGCCUGUCCAUGUCUGUUUGUGUUCUUGUCUUAAAAACUUCUGGAACUGGUCUUAAAGUGCUAAGUGAUCAUAGAAUGAUAGUUAGUGGGGUGAAUAAACCAAUGAAGCUUUUGAUAAUGUUGAUUCUAUCAGCAAUGGAGUUUUGCUGCCUUGAUUCCCAUAUAACUAGUGUGAAAGACAAAGGGUCUGUUGAAGGGUUUGCUGAGAUUUCUAAUGUCAGUCUUGGACUAUUACCCAUCUUGUGCAACUGUAUUACUAUUACUGAGUGUUGUUCCCUCUCCCUGACUGCUUUGGACUUGACACUGAAAAGUUUUUUGACACCUGAUACUUGGUUUGCCAUCAUACAUAAACAUCUUCAAUUACAACGUGUUGUUCUGAAACUUCAAGAUAAAAAUUCUUUCGGAUCUGUUCCUAUUUUAUUGAAGUUCUUCUUGACCAUUGCACAUGUAAGAGGAGGUGCUGAAAUGCUUCUUAAUGCUGGUUUUUUCUCGUCUCUCAAAGUUUUAUUUGCUGACAUGUCAGAUGGUCGGGUUUCCUCACUUAUUAAUUCUGGAAAAAAACUAACUACAUUGUCUGAGAAAACUGAUAAGCCUCAACUCAUUUGGGGACUUGGCUUAGCUGUAGUCACAGCUAUGAUUCAUUCUCUGGGAGACAGUUCCUCAUGUAUUGACAUUGCUGGCAAUGUGAUACCAUACUUCUUUUCAGAGAAAGCCCAUCUAAUUUCUUAUUUUCUCAGUGCACCGGAUUUUCCAUCAGAUGAUCAUGACAAGAAAAGACCACGUGCACGAAGGACUUGGACUUCUCUGUCUUCUUUAAUGGAGACUGAGCAAACUCUCAUGCUAAUGUGCGUCCUGGCAAGACAUUGGAAUUCAUGGGUUAAGGCUAUGAAAGAUACAGACUCACAAUUAAGGGAGAUGAGUAUUCAUCUGUUGGCAUUCAUUAGCCGUGGAAAUCAACGUCUUGGAGAGGCUCCAAGCCGGACUGCUCCUCUUUUAUGCCCUCCUAUCCUCAAGGAUGAGUUUGAUUGGUGCAAAAAACCUUCAUUUGUAAACAGCAAAAAUGGAUGGUUUGCCCUUUCACCCCUUGGCUGUCUCUCGAAGCCUAAGUUCUCUGGGAUAUCAACUGCAACUGCUCUUGUGAUGAAAGAUCAAGCAACUGAAAGUAACAACCAUGUUUCACAAACAUACUUCUCAGAUUCAGUUGCCAUUCAGAUAUAUAGGAUUACAUUUCUUUUAUUGAAAUUUCUCUGUUUACAAGCUGAUGGUGCUGCUAAAAGGGCAGAGGAGUUGGGAUAUGUCGAUCUUGCACAUUUUCCGGAACUUCCAGUGCCUGAGAUUUUACAUGGGAUACAGGAUCAAGCAAUUGCUAUUGUCGCAGAAUUAUGUGAGACAAAUAGAUCAAAGCAGAUUGAUUCUGAGAUCCAGUGUGUCUGCCUGCUACUGCUUCAAACAAUGGAGAUGGCCUUGUACUUGGAACUUUGUGUCUUACACAUUUGUGGAAUUAGACCUGUGCUAGGGCGUGUGGAGGACUUCUCAAAGGAAGUCAAAUUAUUGAUGAAAGCAACGGAGGGGCAUGCUUUUGUCGAAGGAUCAAUGAAGUCCCUCAAUCAAAUAAUAUCCUUUGUCUAUCCUGCUUUGCUAUAAACCAAGAAAUCACAGGUGACUUUUUAGCGGACGCAACUGAUAUUUGUAGGCUUUAGAAUGAGAAUGAGAACUGUGUAGAUAUUUCCGAUGCUGCCGUGAUGGCAUGUAUGUCUUGUAUGCUUAAUGGAAUGUUUACAUUGAUGCCAUUUCUUCUGGGCAUUUGUUUUUUGCGAUUCCAAGGAGGUUAUUUUUGAUGAUGACAAUGAUAAUCUGUCAUCUUCAAGUGAUCUGAUUUUUUUUAAAGCUAAUUUUGUUGC